AUGGGAGUGGUGGACAACAUUGUUGGUGGGUCAAUUAUACGUUUCACUGCACAUCGACUCGGUGCACAUAUUCGCAAAACAGACGCACCAAAAACAAUGGAGCCAUGUCAACAGGAUGAUGUUUCAUUGAAAAGGACUGUAACUCUCAAUAACAUGCAAUUUAUUCAAGAAAUUAAUGAGGAAG